UACAACACUUCCUGAUGUCGAUGCCCAGCUGUUGGCAAAUGACCCGCAUCUCCAGCAUCCGAUAACGUCGUCUCUACCCACAGCACUGCCCUCACUGUUUCUCAACAUACCUGCGCAAAACACGCCGCUAGCGAGGACGACGGCCAUGUGCGCAGCGGAAUAGGCUCAAACAGGCUUAGAUCGCCCGGUGGAUGAGAGCGAAUCCUUUCAAAUUGGAUUUUUUGUGUCCUUAAGGUCGUGCUGCAGUACAGCAACAUAAGCUUUGCGCUGACCGGCGCGUGCAUCUCAACAGCGGGGCCGAGGACGGUGGCAUAUUUUCACUGACAGUAUUACUAAAGAAGCGUCUCUUGGGAUGGCCUUCGCCAAGCCUGCCAUGCAGAUAUUGGCCAUGUGAGAGAUCUGGACAAACAAAAUGGGGAUGGCUGAGAGGUCGUGUGUGGCGGUGAGCAGCUGAGAUCGGCUGUGAUCUGGGUCUUCUCUUCUGACUGAGAGCAUGUACAGGAGGAAUGGACUCCCUGCCAGCGUCAGCAUCACCUCCCGCCACACACAGGACAGCAGUAGUUCAGAGUCCCUGGAUGGACGGAGUUUGGACUCUGCCAAGAGCUUUGAUGCGGUGGUGUUUGACAUGCUCAAAGUGACACCCGAGGAGUUUGCUAGUCAGAUCACUUUGAUGGAUGCUCCUGUAUUCAAAGCGAUACAGCCUGAGGAGCUGGCGAGCUGUGGAUGGAACAAGAAGGAGAAGCAUAGCCUUUCACCCAACGUUGUGGCCUUCACAAGGAGAUUUAACCAGGUCAGUUUCUGGGCAGUGAGGGAGAUAUUGACGGCUCAAACAUUGAAAAUCCGAGCAGAAAUAUUGGGUCACUUCAUCAAAAUUGCCAAGAAACUCCUGGAGCUGAAUAACCUGCACUCUCUGGUGUCAGUGGUCUCUGCUCUUCAAAGCGCACCUAUCUUCAGACUGAGCAAGACCUGGGCGUUGAUCAGUCGAAAGGACAAGGCCACCUUCGAGAAGCUUGACUUCCUGACGUCAAAAGAAGAGAAUUACAACCGCAUGAGAGAAUACAUCAGGUCCCUCAAAAUGGCCCCCUGCAUCCCCUACCUAGGGAUUUACCUGUUUGAUAUGACCUACAUUGACUCCGCCUACCCUGCUUCUGAUAGCAUCAUCGAGACUGAGCAAAGAACCAAUCAAAUGAACAACCUACUGCGCAUCAUCUCCGAUCUACAGGUGUCCUGUAACUACGAUCAUUUAAUCAUGUUGCCACAUGUGCAGAAGUAUCUGAUGUCAGUGCGCUACAUCGAGGAGCUCCAGAAGUUUGUGGAGGAUGACAAUUACACACUAUCAUUGAAGAUUGAGCCUGGGAACAGUUCACCUCGUCUGGUAUCCUCCAAAGAAGACCUUGGAGGACCCUCGGAAGAGUCAGUCUCAGUGCGGUACAACCGACGACCAACCUGUCCCGAUACAUCAGUGGUUGCCCACCUUCCAACCCCCCCUCCUGCCCGACACAGGAAGAGCCACAGUCUGGGGAAUAAUAUGAUGUGUCAGUUUGGUGUGGUGGAGAGUAAAAGUGCGACAUUCCCUGCAAAAGAAAAGGCUCGACACCUUCUAGACGACAGCUUCCUAGAGUCUCACAGUCCUGUCAGAAACCACACACACGAUUCAGUAUUUACCAACGGCAUCUCACUUGGCAGUAGAGAGAGCUCUUUUAGUGAUGAAUUAUCAAGUACAGUCGAGAGAGGACGUAUGUACGCAACACUUGGUCCUAACUGGCGAGUCCCAAUCUGUAACUCUCCCAGAAGCAGAAGUUAUAUUUAUAGCACCCCAGGGGCAGUUUCCAGUUAUGAAUGCAGUUCUCUGAGCAGCAUAACCAUUGAGGGGCCCCUGCGAAGAAAGACUCUGAUGAAGGAGGGUAAAAAACCCACUCUCUCAUCCUGGAAGCGCUACUGGAUUGUCCUUUCUGGCUCCAUUCUGAUCUAUUUCGGUUCUAAAGCUCUAAGAGCAAAUGAACGAAGACAUUAUAAAUCCAGGCCGUGUAAAAAGAUCACGCUCACAGGUUGGAUGGUGGUUCUGCCAGACAACCCUGAACAUCCAAACAUUUUCCAGCUCACAGAUCCUGACAGAGGCAAUGUUUACAAGUUCCAGACUGGAUCACGUUUCUCUGCGAUUAUCUGGCACAGACAUUUAGCCGAGGCGUGCAGGAGUACAAGACCACAGAUACCAGCAAACCUCAUGUCUUUUGAAUAGCUGCUUUUUGGGAACGGAAUACAAAUGAAGGGAAUAAUUCUAAUGGAGAAAGACAUUUGAGGAAAGGUGGCGGCAUGUUGGACCUAACUUACAGCAGUUGGAAAUGUGGCAGCUGUAUCUGUUGAAAAAGUCCAAAAUUCAUUCAGACAUUAUAGACAAAGCUGUACUGGGAGAAAAUGGUCUUGUGCCUUUAGUUUAGUGGUAACACUUUACAAUAAAGUUCUAUUUGUUAACAUGACUUAAAGGGAUAGUUCACUCAAAAAUGAAAUGACACCCACCCUCUGGCCAUCUAAGAUGCACAGUAGAUGAUUUUGUUUCUUCAUUAGAACAGAUUUGGAAAAGAAUAACAUCACUUACUCAGCAAUGCAUUCUCUAGUGAAUGGGUGCCGCUUCUGGCCAAAAUACCAGUUCAUAAUCCAUAAUAUCGCUUCCUCCGUUAAAAAAAAAAUCCUUCCCGUGUUUAGAACUGUAAAUAGUGCUUGAUCCAAGCAAAGUUCUCUUCUGGUUCCGGAUUUUUUGCUUGAAAAAGCAAUAUUGUGGAUACAUGACUCGUGUUUUAGCUGGAAGCAAAUGUGAAGUUGGUUGGAAGAUAAUGAUAAUGGCUUUGUAAAUGCAUUGCAGUCAUUUUACAUAGCAUUUAUCCAAAUUAGUUUGUUAUAAAUGUGAAAAACUGUUAAUCUUAUCCAUGUGUUAUUUAUAAUAAAUUCAUGUUAAUUUAUUCAAUGAUAACUAAAUGUUAACAAAUUGUUAACCUUAUUGUUAGUUUUACCUUACAAACCUAAAGGUACAUGUGAAAUAUGUUGUAAAUGACAUGUAUAAAAUAACAUUGUCCAAUAGAUGUCUUCAUGUGAUUAAGUGCCAAAAUUAAGACCUUUGUAAUGUUAAACCUGUUCAAAUCAUGUUAGAUGUUAGAGGGCAGAAGUGAACACGCUAAAUUAUGAGCAUGCAUGAAGCAUUUAUGACAGCACUUCACAAGAGGAGCCAAAAAAAGUGCACUGUAUAAAAGGGAAAUCUGUAACAAAGGGAAUUAGUUGCACAUCGACACAAUAAUAUUGUUUAAUUGGAUUAUUAAACGUGUCAUUUCACAUGGGUAUCGGGAACAAGUGCCAAUGUUCAUGUGGUGGUGUUCAGCUCAAAGUUAUGUAGUGUAUUUACUUACGGACAAAAUAUGAGUGAUGUCUGAUUGUAUGUCUUGACAUCAUAAAGUGGGCAGGACCCAAAAAGUAUAUAGUUAUGGAUGCCGAUUAGGUUUUAUAGAGAUAAUGUUGUAAAAUGUACAUGUAAAUGAAGGAAAGCAACUGUGUUUUGGUCAGAGCCAUGUAUAAUGCAUCAUUGACGAAACAACGUUUUAGUGGGUGUUCAGUAUUCACAUUUAAUACUUGUGUAGUAUUAUUUUUGUUAUUUAUUUAAAAAGGAAUACAUCAAAAGGUCUGUAAAAACUGUAAAGUACAUCGCAAAGUCUAGUAUUUUGCACAAUCACAAACUUUUAUAAGGUGUAAGAACGAGACUUCUUCCUCAAAGGUGAUAUUAAGGCACUAAAAUGUGAAGCGUAGAAUGCUUUGUAUAUUGCAAAUUGCAAAUGGAGAUUAUACCUUGUCUGACCUUCUGUAAAUCUGGCGGAACAUGCAUGGAUGUUUUGGACUAACAGUUUUUUUUGUGUCACUUCAGUAUCGUUGCACAUGUCUACACACUGUCGAGGCAUGUACAGGAACUACUCUAAGCUGUGAAUCGGUCAUCAUUAAAAAAAAAACGUGUCUUUGAAUCUUUAAACCGUACAAUUGGCUGAUCACAAGAAUCACUUACGACAAGAUUCAAAUACUUGACAAAGAUGAAAGCGAAAAGCGUGUCCUCCAACAAUAAAAUAAAGGUUGUUUGUACAAGUGCUUUAUUACGACCUAUACGUUUUAAAAGUUAAGCGCCCAGGUGGUAAAAAGAAUGACUGUGUGAAUCAAAUUACCAAUCAAAAUGCGUUUUUUGCUUAAAUGCAGUGUGUGGACUUUUUUUACACCGAUCUCACAGUUAUUGAGACAUAUUUUACUAGGUGUAAUUCGUACACCACUAAGCCUAGCCGAUACAAAAAUCAUGCAAAAUGCUCUGAUGGGUCGCAUUUCAGAGAUUUGCGCAGACGACCUACACGGGCGUAUUGGUUGGAGGACAGGUUGGAAGCAAAAAAUAAAUAAAUAAAAUAAAUGCUGCUCUCACAGAUUUUGUUUUGUUUAGAAAUCACGUAAGCAACCAUUUCAGCUGUGAUUAGAUAGCCCAUCUCAGCAAGUGUUACUAAGUGGUAGCUACCUCUUUUUUCUUUCUUUUUUGGGUUACCAUACCAUCUGAAAGUUCACAUAUUUCUGUGUAUUUCUGUCCUCUGCUAAUGACUGAGUUUGGAUGUUCUGUUCGGUUCUCACAACGUGAUGUCACUGAAUCUUUAUAUGGUCUAUAAUGAGCCUAGACCUUUUACUAACUCGGUACUUUUGUGUUUGGUGUUUUGUCUUUAUGGAAAUAUAUGCCUAAUGAAACAAA